CAUCUUGCGUCACGAAGGGGCGGAGCCAGGCCGUGUACACACUGUGGAGCCGCCGGCGGGUGUUACCGGUGGUUAGUGCUGGCCGGGUGUGUGUGCGUCGAGGCGGUGUGCUGAGUGGCGGCCCAGCUGUGCCCAUCCGAGGAGAGGAGUGACUCAGCCGGCAUGUCGCGGACUCAUCAGGUGGUGGUGGUGGUGGCGGUGGUGCUGGUGGCGGUGCUCAUGACGUCCGUAGCCGCCAAGAAGUCGAAGAGUUCGGAGUGCGGCGAUAGCAAGGAAGUCAAACCCGAGGAGAAGAAAUGUACUGACGGCGACUGUAACGACCCCUGCAAGAAUCUGACGGCCACCCAUCAGAAGAGAUGCUACGGAGACAUGCUGCUGUCCAAGGUGCAGAAGGGAAACCUGGACAAAAUCAACGACCUCCUGACCAAAAAUAGUACCGACGCCGCCUCCUUGGUGCUGCACACGGAGACGUCAAAUAGUCCAAACAACGGGUUCACAGCGCUGCUCUGGGCGGCCGAGACGAACAAGACUCCGAUCGUCGAGACCCUGCUGGCCGCCUCUUCGCGUGUCAACCACCAGAGCAAGAACGGAGAAUCGGCCAUCUUCCUCCUCGCUCGGAAUGGCAACCUCAAGUGCGUGAAGAUGCUGCUGGAGCGCGGCGCCGACCCCAGCCUCAAAACCAAGGCGGGCUACACCCCGGUCAUCAUCGCCACGUGGAACAGAUACCCGGAUAUCGUGAAACUGCUGCUCGACAAGAAAGCGAAUCCCAACGCCACGACGCCCACCUCAAAGUACUCAGCGGUCUACCUGGCGGCUCGCAACGGGGACUUUAACACCUUGAAAUAUCUGGUGGACGCCGGAGCCUACCUCGACGUGGUCACCUCCUGGGGCGUGACCCCGCUGCUGGUGGCCACGUAUUGGGGACAUGAGCGCAUCGUGGACUUGUUGCUGAAGAGCGGCGCCGACCCCAACAUCAAGGAGAGGGAUGGCAACACGAUGCUGCACAAGGCCGUCUACUACAACUUCCCGGGCAUCUUGGAGAAGGCGCUGGCGGCGGGGGCGAAGGUGAACACGCAGAGUAACAAUGGCUACACCGCGUUCAUCCAGGCCGUAAGAAGUGGAAGACUCAACCUCGUGCAGAAGAUAGUAGCCGCCAAGCCCAAACCCGACCUGCAGGAGAACACCGGUAAGACGGCGCUCCACUGGGCGGCGAGAUCACACGGACUGGACAUGGUGCGGGAGGUGCUGAAGACGUGUCCAGACGCAACUCUGAAGGACAUGGACGGACGCACACCACUGGACAUCGCCAGAAAAUACAACAAACAAGAGGUCGUAAAAGUUCUUGAAGAUUUCAAGACCAAUCGCUCCAACUACUGCUAGCCCGUCAACACCUGAGACCGUGCACCCGCCACCACCACCGGUUCUCAAGUUACGGCCUGUACACCCGCCUCCGCCCACCACCACCACCCAGCCCCACCCCGGACCCGCCCCGUCAAGUGUCAAGUGUCCAGUGUCGGGUGAUGCAGAACCAUAGAAUACUAGAAGAGUCUGGCCAGCUUGAUCACAGGCACCAUGUUAGUACCAAAGAAGCUACGCGAAACUCAUGUUGAGGCCGAUACAAUAGUUUUUUUGUGGUCAAGGCUUGUUCAGGAUCUCAAAUACGUACCUUGAGCACAGAAAACACUAUUGUAUCAGCAUCAAUAUGAAUUUGGAGCGGGUCUUUUGGCAACAACUCGGCGCCUGUGAUGAAUCUGGCCGCACUUUUCUGUUCUACCAGCCUCGUGGGACAUCCUCAUCAAUCAAGACAAGACACUUCUUCAACCCGAACUGACCUCGCUCUUGGCCACUCGAACUGUCUUAAUUCUCUUUUGCUGUGCUUUUAUGUUUUCCGUUUUUAGUUGCCCUUGAGCUGCUUCCAUUGUAGUAUACAAAAUCCGCAUCGACAACCUCUCCAACCCAACCGAGACUGACCCUCUCUCUUGGCCACUCGAACUGUAUUAAUUCUCUUUUUCUGGGCUUUUAUGUUUUCCGUUAUUAGUUGCCCUUGAGCUUCUCCCAUUGCUGUAUAUAUAAAAAAUCCUUUGCACUUGUUUUAACCUCUGAUACAAGGACCUUAAAGUGCUUGAAGUAUUACGGCAGGGUUUUUUUUUUCAUACGCCCCUUGUAUCACUCUCCGUGCUUCCGUAUAAGUUGUAUAAUAAGAUAGUAGAGCAAGGCCGUAAAGGUCACUGAGGUCCCCAUUCAGAUAAGUGUGCAAGGCUGUGUCGCCACUUAUCUGAACGGACAGUUUUCAUUGUUUUGCCAGACAUUCAGGUUCCACUUACUUAUUUUUGGGUGUGAAGCUGUUUGAACUUCUUCCCCUCAAAAGUGUGUCCAAUAUUAAUUACAAACUGGCUUGAGUAUUUUCUUUAUUGUUUAUUCUUAUUUAUUCGUGUUGUCUAUCGUGUAUUCCCAUCUCUCGCAUAAUUUCUUCCACUGCAUUAUGCAUCUUGUGCCGUGUGUGUAGCCUAUAAAUAGUUCAAUGAUAUAUAUACUCAGGACAGCUGAUACACACAAAUCAUCCACUCGAAUCGGAAAAAAAGACGUUCAAGACUGGGCGUCUGGGAAACAAAAUAUCUAACAUGCUGAAAAGUUCUCUACAAUGUGACAAACGAAAAAAAAAACAAUCGUAGCGUUCUUCCCAUCAUGUUGGCUUGAUGAGAGACAUGAACAUUGACCAAGUUUCAAGAAUGGAUAUUGAUAAGUGCUCAGAUACAAGAUGGAGAGAGCGGCUCUUCUGAAAUUGCUAACUGCGUGCCUUCACCACUCCUGCGGCCUUACUGCACCUGCCUUUCUGCUCUAGCCCACCCUAUGCAUUAGGUACUGUCCAAAUCCCUUAUGCAAGAGUUAUAACCAAUAUAUUUUUAUUCUUUCAUCCCACACUGAUAAUCUCUGAAACAGCCGUCCUUUUUUAGUAUUUCAUCCUUCCUACGACUUGAACGCUUUCGUGUGGGAAGUAUCAAAACACUUCUUUUAUCAAGGAAUUAUUCUUUUGGAAAUUAUCAUACUCCGCUGGUCUGUGGAUUAUUUAUAUUCAUAUUUUGCCCUUGGACUGCUUCCAUUGAUGUAAAAAAAAGGUGUUAUAGGGAACAGCAUUGAAUCUAGUAUAUCAUGUGAUAGUUUUGUAUCAACUAUAUUUUUAGUAAUCAAAAAUAUGUGUGUGUGUGUGUGUGUGUGUGUGUGUGUGUGUGUGUGUGUGUGUGUGUGUGUGUGUGUGUGUGUGUGUGUGUUUACCUAUUUGUAUUUACCUAUUUCUAGUCUACCGGGCCCGAGCUAAGCUCUAAUAGUCCCGUCUCCAUUUCUACAUUUAUCCAGCCUUUCCUUCAUUUGUUGGACACUGUUCGCCUCCACCACCUCUUCCCGCAAGCUGUUCCACGUGUUAACACUUCUAUGUGGAAAACUAUACUUUUUUGAGUCACUUAAACAGGCUCCUUUAUUAAGUUUCUUCCUAUGUUCUCUCAGCCCCUGCGUUCUCGCGCAGUUAAGAAGAGAUCAUCUCUAUCCACCUAAUCAAACUUAUUUACCAACUUAUACAGCGUGAUCAGAUCUCCUCUCUCCCUUCUUUGUUCCAGUGUCGUCAAGUCCAUCUCCUUCAGUCUGUCUUCAUACGUCAUAUUCGAGAGUUCUGGGACCAUUUAAGUUGCAAUUCUCUGUAUCCUUUCCAGCUUUCUGAUAUCCUUCUUUUUGUGAGGUGACCACACAACUGCAGCAUAUUCAAGCUGCAGUUGUUAUUAUUUUCUUCAUCAUUUCUUUGUCCAUAAAAUGGAAUGAUACCCUUAUAUUUUGCAUCAUCCUGUAGGUUUCUCCAAACAGCUUGUUUAUGUGCUUUUCUGGGGAUAGUGUGUCUUGCAUCGUUACUCCCAAAUCUUUUUCUUCAUGUACCACCUUUAAGUUUUCUUCUCCCAUCCUGUAUGUUUUCCUUGGUCAUUUUUUACUUUUCCCCAUUUCCAUAACAUGGCACUUGUUUACAUUAAAUUCCAUCUCCCAUAACUGGCUCCAUCUAUAUACUCUGUCCAGGUCUUUUUGCAGCUCCUCACGAUCUUCCUCCGGCCUCACUUUUCUUAUUAACUUUGCAUCAUCUGCAAAAAGGCUCAUAUAACUUUUUAUACCCUUUGGCAUAUCGUUUAUAUAUAUUAUGAACAUAAUUGGUGCCAGAACUGAGCCUUGGGGACCUUCACUCUCUACUCUCCUCCAAUUUGAUUUCUCCUCUCUAAUCACUGUCCUCAUUUCUCUUCCCGUUAAGGAAUCCUUCAUCCACUCGAUAACCUUUCCACCCAUUCCUCCCCACUGCUGUAGUUUCUAGAUAAACCUUUUGUGCGAAACCUUGUCAAAAGCUUUUUUUCAAAUCGAGAUAUACACAAUCAGCCCACCCUUCUCUCUCUUGCACCACGUAUAUUGCUCUUGAGUAGAAACAGAGUAAGUUAGUGACACACAAUUUCCCUUUUCUAAAUCCAAACUGCCCUUCAUUUAUCAUGUUUUCCUUUUCUAAAUGUUCGACCCAUGUUUUUUUAUUAUACUUUCACUAAUCUUGCACAUUACACUUGUCAAAGAAACUGGUCUAUAAUUUAGUGGUUAAGUUUUAUCUCCACUUUUAUAAAUUGGUACAAUGUUUGCUCUUUUCCACUCUACGGGCACUUUUCCUGUGUUUAUAGAGCAUGUUAUUAUGUCAUAAAGUGGCUCCAAUAAUUCAUUUCUACACUCUUUUAGCCUUGACCCGAGAUUCCAUCCGGUCCCAUAGCUUUCCUUCCAUCUAAGGUUUUCAUCAGCUGUAUCAGUUCUCCUUUAUCAACCUUUACAUGACUCAGUUUCCCCUCAUUGCAAUUUUCGAGACCCCAGUCAAAGUCUGUUUCUUCCGUUAACACUUUAUGAGAAGUUUUAUUUAAUAUUUCUGUAUUUUCUUUGUCCUUUUCGUAGAUUACAUGUGUGUGUGUGUGUGUGUGUGUGUGUGUGUGUGUGUGUGUGUGUGUGUGUUGCUUGGUGUUCACUAUAUUAUAUGUACACACACGCAGCAAACAUAUACAUCCAUUAACCGACAAUGUUAUAUAGUCUACGUGCUCUCUUCAAUAUGGAUUCUCUUUAUUGUUUCACCUUUUAAGUCAUUUAUAUUUUAUCUAGAUUAAGUUCAUGAGCUAUAUUACGAGUAUACCUGGAUAUAACCAUAAAAAAUAAAGUGAACGAUAAAA